ACUCCAUCCCUAAUUACUCAAACAGUCUCUCUCUCUCUCUCUCUCUCUCUCUCUCUCUCUCUCUCUCUCUCUGUGUGCAAGCUUUCUGUUGGAAACAACAAUGGAUUCAUCCCGGCCAGAAAUCGUGAUCUUCGACGUAGAGACGGUCAUGGAGAGUAUCAAAGGAACAAAAGCCAUCCUAGAAUUCGGGGCCAUAAUCGUAUGCCCACGAACGCUGGUCGAGAAAGAGUACUUCACUUCUCUGGUUCGGCCACAACAUGACUCCGGCUUCGGAGGAUUCCACGCACGAAGAAAUGGACUCAACAGAGAUGAUAUUGUUUCCUCCAACAUCUUCUUUUCGGACAUCGCUCACACCGUCUACGACAUGCUUGACGGAAGGAUUUGGGUAGGCCACAACAUCAAAAAGUUCGAUCGUCGAAUUGUUGAGGCUACGUUCCGUGAAAUCUGGCAGUCACCACCGAAACCCUCGGGCAUAGUCGACACGAUGGAGUUGUGCGAGAGGUUUGAAAAGGAAGCUGGCAAUAAAAAGAUGGCAACACUUGCAGAAUACUUUGAUCUCGGAAAGCAGACACAUAGGACCUUAGAUGAUGUCCGGUUGAAUCUCCGACUUUUCCUGCACUGUGCUGCGGUUUUCUACCUGACAGAGUCCUCAAACCUUUUGCGGGCACAAGAUGACAACACGAACAACAACGUUCCAAGGUUUCCAGACCCCGAGGAAUUUUCAAUUCCUUCGCUCAAAGAUGACUCUUAUGAUUCCUUUGAUAAAGUACGGGAGCCAAUCUCUUGUGCUUCUCUGAAGGUGCGGUCCGGGAUCGAAAUGAAGUUCCGGGACGACGAUGACUGCCCGAGGCUGAGCUUCGUGGUUGACUCGCCGGACAUCCUGAGCACAAAGCUAGAUGAAUUCGACGGGAUGUUGCAAAGGUUGUUUUCGAGUUUCAGGAUCUACUCCGAGUGGAGAAACGUUGUGGAUGGAAGAUGGAACCCCCCCACUGUAAGAUUACGCAUCACAAAUACAGCAGACAAGCAGACAAUAGUAUGCAAGAGGGAGGAUUCCGGGAAAACAAGAAGGCUUGUCUUCAAUGAGAGCGAGCUCCGGACACUCCUCACUCCAAGCACCAAGUUGGAUGCCUACUUGUUUGUGGAAACCUACAACAGUAGAGGAUACGCAGGCAUUACAUUGGCGGCUUAUAAGUUGAUCAUUCAUCCCUAGAUUCGGAAGCAAAAGCUACUUGCUUAUUUUGUAUAAGUUAUAUGCUCAGAGAAAGAUUGUUAGUUGAUUGCCAACUGACAUCGGACAUUGCCGACGACGUAAAAGACGGAUGAUAUGCGUGACAUGUUGUAUCUUUGUAAAGAUAUUGAAAAGCAUUGUGCGCAAAGUGUGUGUAUCAGGGACUGCUGAUAUAUUCACGCAAGCGAAGCUACUGAUAACAUUUUAAGAUGUUGCAAAAUAUUCACCUGUUGAGAUAUUUCUCUCUAUUACUCGACUUUGGUUGUAGUUUGAUGUAA